AUGCCGUUUGUUGACCCUGGUCACCCCCUCCAUGCCUUCUUCCUCCCUCGCGUUUGGGCCAUCCGCAUCCCCGUGUUCCUUGUCCUCCUCGGCUCCGCUGUUGUCGGCACGUUUAUCGGCAUCGUCAUGAUCAAUAGCAACAAGAAGAAGGCUGCCAAGUCCAAGGCGGCGGCUGCAAAGAAGAAGACCUGA